AUGCCGGAGAACCAAGAUCUUACCUCGGAAGACCUUUUCUACGUAAUGUUUGCCGCCAUGGUGGAGAAUGCACUGCGAUCAAUGUCCACAAAGACCAAAAGAUACCUAUCAAUCGGUGGACAGGCACUGAUGGAGAUCGGGUUUGUUAUUCCUCCAAGACAGAAGAUUAUAAUUCCUGACAAAGCCAGUAUGAGUGAUAAAUAUUCCGAAGAAGAGCUUGACGACUCAGUCAGACACAUGAAAGAGAAACACCCUCAUUUAAUGGCCGUUUUAAGAAAUUACGACAGCUCCGCAGAACGCCUUCUCUCCACAGGUGGUCUUCCCGUCGACACCGACCUUGGUAACAUGGGCGUGAAGGUGAAGGAGGCGCUGGUUGUGGAUCAGAAAGAAGCAUCUCUCGACAAAUGUAUAUGGGCCUCGAUGGAAUGGAAAUGGCGGGAAACGACUGUGCUUCUUGGUUAUGACUUGAGCCGUUCUUGUCCAACGAAAAAACCAAGAAAUCUCUACGUCGCCCUUCUCGCCCGUGACUAUUCCGGUGACCUUCGGUGGAUGCGAGACGAGUUUUUUGCAUCCCUGCAGGAUGGAUGGGAAUACGACGAACCUAAUUAUGAUGUCCUCUUUCUGGCCGGCCUAACAGUUCAUAUGUACGAGGUUAUCACCAGGUAUGACGAAGCCCGGCUGCCACUACCGAAACUUUUCAUUAACAGAAAGAAUGGAGUCCAGAGUAUCGUUUCUACACAGACAUGGGAAGAAGGGAACUUGGGCCGUCGCAAAUUCUCGGAUCUCGCAUUGGCUCUGCGUACAAAGGCAGAGCUCUGA